AUGGCUUUCAACAGGCCUCCUGCUAUGGCCUUUCCAGACCAGCGAUAUCUCCAGCCCUUUCAGCCCAAAAACCCCGAUCCUCUCUCGGACAACUGGACCUACGAUAGCGCUAUCGAUCUCUUCUCGUUGAAUACCAUGCCGGAUCCCUUCACCUUGGAUCUCCCGGAAGAUCUCAUGAACUUCGAUCCCAGAGACGUUCCUGUUGACGCCUUUGCUCCUCCACCGGGAAUCAGCGGUUUCUCCAUCUCCAACCACUCAGGCGAGGACGCUGCUUCAUGCGGUUCCAUCUCAUCGGACCCUGAAAGCGACGACCAACUCUGGUCCCCAACCUGUCGGGCCAUCUCCUCCUUGGACACCGACAUGUCCCAAAAACCUCAAUCUCAAUCCCAACCCCGUCGCAAAACCAACCCCCGCAAACGCCAACAACCAGCAAGAUACUCCUCCAGCCCCGAAAUCACACCCCAAGAAUACCACCCCGAACUCAUCACCUCGUCCCAACCAACUCCUUCCUCCCCCUCGAAUCAGAAAAUGACGCGCAGUCUCUCUGGCGACUCAAACGCCUCCACAGGCGCAGGCACCAACCCCGUCUCGCGCAAUGCCGCCAAACGCGCAGCUCACAACAUCAUCGAAAAACGCUACCGCACCAACAUGAACGCCAAGUUUGUUUCGUUGGAAAAAGCCAUGGCGGGGAGCGGGAGCAGCGGGGUGCACAAACCCGCGACCAAGGGCUCGGCUUCGCUCAAGAAGUCGGAAAUCCUCUCGAAUGCAAUUUCCUACAUGGAGGAGUUGCAGGAGGAGAAUAAACGGUUACACAAGGAGAUGGCGGUGAUGAGACAGAAUCUCCUCCCUGGUGGGAUUUGGCGACAUUCCAAACCGAGUGAGACGAAUUUUGGGUGA